GAAGAUUUGGUGGAUUAUUCUGUGACUGAUGAACACCUAUGGACACUCUGGACAAACCAGACCGGGGAAAGCGUGGCCAGGGUCCGAAGCAUGACAGAAGGCCAUUUAAGGGGAGAUAAUUGGAGUGAGGUGAUCUUGCAUCCUCCAGAGAAUAGUGACAUCAUUGUCCCUCGCCAUGCUGACCCUCGAGAGGUCUACUUGGCCCGUAUCUUCCAUCCCCGACGCUUUAAUGUUCAGGAUAUUAGGAAGGCACUCAAUGUGUACCGUCGUUCUCUGGACAUGACUGUUACUGGGGAGAUGACGCUACAAGUGAAUACGCUCAAGGAGGAGGUAACUCUAGCAGUAGAGGAUGCUAUCCGAAAUUCUGCAGCGUCCAACGAGCUUGCGGAGGAGGAGUACUACCAGAUCCAACUUGACCAGUGGACAAAGUUCCACUCCUGCUGUGUCCAGUAUCAAGAG